AAACCGAAGAAUAUGACACGUUACUUAGACGAAUUCUGGAGCCGGAAGACGAAAGUAUUGGAAGGAAUUUUUCAAUAACAACAAAUGGGUCUUCAGUAGGAUCAUUACCACCAGAACUUGAAGCUGCUAUGGAAGACGAGACUCAAGCUGAACAAUACUUGAAUAACCUGAAAAUUAAAGUUGAAACUUGGCAAACGACUGGUUUAACGGGUGCAAUUAAAAGAGCUUUCGACAUUUUAAAUGAAAAUGGAAUGACAGAUGGAACAGACGAGGAUACUGAUGGAAGUAAUGAUGAACCAUCUACACCUAUAACGGAAGUCCAAGAUCUCCAUUCUCAGCCAAAAAUAGCGGAGGGUUCAAUUUCACGUCUUGUGAAUGGGGUCUCCUCAUUGGUUGAUAUUGAAAAAUGCUUCGAAGGACUUCAAAUACCGGAAUUGGAUCUCACAACCACUCCAGAGAGUAAAAUACAAUCUACUCUUAAUGAAUUAUACAAACUACAAGAAGACCUUCAAAUUCAUUUACAAGGUGGACCGUUAGCCGAUCCAUCAACUUUAGGUACGCAAAGACGAAAAAAAGUAUCCGAUCUGCUUGAAAGGGUCAUGAAAGAGGCUGCAUUAUAUGAGGAAUUCGUGAAUAGAGCAUCACAUCUUAGUUUAGAGAGAAUUCUAAAUGAAUCAGAUGCAUCCAGUGAAGAGGAAUUUCAAGAUUCUGAAACUUUGGAUACAGAAUCUGGAAUUCAUUGUUUUGAGGAUUCCUUUUCAGAUAUUUCUCGUAGAUCUACAACAACCACAUCAACUGCCCCCCUUUCACCGCGUUCACUAAAGCCAAUUGAUCCACAUCUUUCUCGUCUUCGCACCAUGUCAAACGCAUCGGCCCCUUCAAUACGGUCUCGUGCAUCAUCCCGUCGUUCACGUUCAUCAUCUCCGUCUGUAUUAGACCUUGAAGACAUGGGAUUGUUUUCGCCACCGGAACCUCGAGAAGCAUUUCGGUGGUGUCCUUUGCAAAAAAUUUCUGAUCAUUUAUACUCACAGGACGUUAGGCAUAAUGCAGGUUUAGCAACUGUGCUUGCUGUGAGUAGUAUAGUCGCUGUUGGUACUACACGUGGAUUGGUCAUGGUAUAUGAUAUUUAUCCACAAAAUUUAAAAUGUAUUUUGGGCAGCACUGCAAAUGCUCUUGAACAUGGUGCAGUUACGUCACUUGCAAUUUCUUCAGAUCAUACACAGAUUAUUAGUGGUCACGCGGAAGGUUACAUUUUAAUAUGGGACAUUCAAAGGCAUACAAGUCCAUCUCGGACCAUUGUACCUAUAUCCCCUGCUGUUGCAGCAGGCGGUGGAAAAGAAGGUCAUAUUCGUGGCUCUACAAUUUUACAUGUUGGGUUUGUUGGUGUUCGAAAAAAUGGUAUCGUUUCUGGGGAUAAUCAUGGAAUGGCAUUCUAUCAUAACUUAUACAAAGUAAUGAUGGUCAAUGCAACUGAAACAACACGUAUCCUUGGUCGAUAUCCUGUUUCCAUACCAACUCAUGAAACACCUGUUGCGUCAAAACCAAAUAGACCCAGUACAGUAUUCGGAUUGGCUCCACUACCUUUAGGUCAGUCGGUGCAUGGUUCCGAAAGCUUUGGCCUUGUCGCUAUGUUAACACCAUAUAAG